AUGGAGAACUCAAACAAAACCUUUUUCAAUGGAUUCUUUCUCCUCAGUCUUGCUGAUACCCCAUACCUAAAGCACCUAUGUCUUCUAACCUUCCUGAUAAUGUACAUACUCACACUGUCAGUAAAUUCUUUACUUAUCAUUGUGGUGAGGAACAAUUUUCAGCUUCACACCCCAAUGUAUUUCUUCUUAAGCAACCUUUCAAUCAUUGACAUUGGCAUAAGUUCUUCAGUAGUACCUAAACUUAUCACAAUUACAAUAACUCAAGAUAAAAGUAUUUCAUAUUAUGGUUGUGCUUUACAGAUGUUCUUCCAUUCUGCCCUGGUAGUGACUGAGAGUAUUCUUCUGGCUGUUAUGGCCUAUGAUAGAUACACGGCUAUCUGUAAGCCUCUGCACUACAAUACACUUAUGAACAUGGGAUUUUGCAUUUCCAUGGCUGCUGUUUGCUGGGCUGUGGGCUGUAUCAGUGCUGGCAUUCAUGUACCGUACACCUUCCAACUGCCUUUUUGCAGGUCCCGUCAUGUCAACCAUUUUUUCUGUGAGAUACCUGUUAUUCUACGUCUGUCUUGCCAAGAUACUUGGCUUCAUGAGGUGUCAAUGUACAUCUCGGCUUGUACUCUUGGCCUUAGUGCGUUUAUUUUGACUCUUCUUUCAUAUGCUUAUAUCAUCUCCACUAUCUUGAAUAUCCGUUCCACUGAGGGAAGACAUAAAGCUUUCUCUACAUGUGCCUCCCAUCUCACAGUGGUCUCUCUGUACUAUGGGCCUCUGAUGUUCAUGUAUUUCCGUCCUCACUCCAGAAACUCUCCCAGCAUAGAGAAGACCGUGGCUGUUAUUUACACGGUUGUGACUCCAAUGCUGAAUCCCCUCAUCUAUAGCAUAAGGAAUAAAGAUAUCAAAGUUUCCAUACAAGGAACACUGAAUAAACACUGA